AUGGAUAUUCCGAAACCUUCCGAGGGCGAUGUUAACGUUGGAACCGGCACAUUUCAGGCUUGCUGGGUCCUCACAUCCAUCGUCGGCGUGGCAUUGUUGUUCCGCUAUACCAUCAAGAUCUGGGUGCGCUGGGCUUUGCCGCAGGUCACCGCACCCGGUCGAAUAUGGGGAAUAGAAGAUUUGUUCUUCCUCGUGGCUUGGGGUUUUGAUCUUACCCAUAUGAUACUUAUUCAAUGGAGUUCCAAUUGGGGUCUCGGAAGGCAUUUCUUCUACUUGACUGGCGAAGAGCGUCUUAAUGCUAUGAAAUGGGACUUCCUUUCACAGCCGAUGGCUGUCACCUCAGCGAUGAUCUCGCGCACAGGCAUGAUGUGGUUUCUUUUGACUUGCUUUUCGGCGAGCGACAAGAAAAUUCGCAAAUCUAUCAUUCUCUGUGCUGUUGUUCAGAUCGUCGUCAAUGUGGUUACAAUCGUCCAAAUUAUUGUCCAGUGUGGACCAAACCCAUAUAAAACGACUGACCGAGUAAAAUAUUUCCACUAUAUGUGGACACCGCUGCCUGAAGAUGGCUCCGUCAAGUGCCAAUCUCCGAUGGUCCAGACGACUAUCGGCUUUGUGCAAGGCGGAUUCAACACCGUUAUCGAUUUCUUCCUUGCCGUGCUCGCUGCAGUCGAACUCUGGCAAUUCUUCCUGCGAACCCUUCAUCGUAAUCCAAACAUGACAUUCUGGUCCCAAUUCCGCAAAAUCAGUAGCAGCGUCCGAUCCCGUCGGAUCUGGCAGACUAUCACUCUCAGUGGACCACUGAUCCUGUCCGGUUGCGCUUCUAUUGUAAAGACCUACAAACUGAAAUCCAUCGGUGAUAGACAGGACUUCACCUAUAACAUCGUGACCUUCGUUCUCUGGGUAAAAAUCGAAAACUACAGCAUUCUCCUCGCCUCCUGCGCUCCAGUAGCCCGCCUCUUCCUGCGCUCCUUCGUCGACCACAGACGCGAAGGCCGUACUCAUGGCUACUGGUCUCGCUCCCGGUCAACGGGCCACAACGAACCUGACACAGAGCUGAAGUCCCGCACUAAUGCAAAGGGGGAAUGGCUGGAUUCGGCUACAGCGACCAAUACUUGUAUUAACGAUGAGGAGAAUCCAGCCACUCGGUGGGGUGGACAUGAGCAUGAGCACUCAAGUAGUAAGGCUUCGAAGGCGAAGAUGCCGGAACAUCCCGAUGAUGGCUUCGUUACUGUUAAGACGGAUAUUGUUGUUCAGGUUGAUGAUGGGAGGUCGACUUCUCCGGGUGGGACGAGAUUGUUACCUGAGGGGGGUGAGACUCGUGCGGGGUUACAUUGA